CCAAACAUUACUUACAAAACAAUUAAUCUUUCACCUUAUCAACUAUGGCCCAAAACUUCACUAGACUCAUUCCAUUUCUUCUUCUGGCUUUUGUCUUGACCGCCUUUAAGACAAUAUCUGCAGGUGACCCUGAUAUUCUUUCAGACUUCAUUGUCCCUCAAAAUGUAAGUGAUAUUGAUGGAAAAUUCUUCACCUACACUGGAAUGAGGGGCGUUUUUGACAAAUACCCCACAAACUUCACGGUGAUAAAAGCUAGCAUGGCAGAGUUCCCUGCUCUAAAUGGUCAAAGCGUGUCCUACGCGGUGCUCUUUUACCCUGCAGGUUCCGUUAACCCUCCUCACACUCACCCUCGUGCUGCUGAGCUUCUUUUCCUCGUUGAUGGGACUCUUGAGGUGGGCUUUGUCGACACUAAAAAUGUUCUUUAUAACCAAACGCUCCAAAUUGGGGAUAUGUUUGUGUUCCCAAAAGGGCUUGUUCACUUUCAGUAUAAUCGAAACCACAAUAAGUCAGCCUUGGCGAUAUCUGCUUUUGGAAGUGCAAGUGCUGGGACAGUUUCAGUGCCAGUGUCUGUGUUUGGUACUGACAUUGAUGAUGAAAUACUUGCAAAGGCAUUCAAGACUGACAUUGAUACUGUCAAGAAGAUUAAGGCAGGGUUUCCCAAGCCAUGAAGAUGUUGAAAAGCUAUAUAACUUAGCUAUUUUAUGAUUCCUUUGUUGAUUUCUUGAGAUUGGCUUUUGGUUUUUGUGUUUGAAAACAAAUAAGUGCACUGAGAGCUUCUAUUUACACCAAUUAAAUUUCUGAUUACACCCUUUUUUUUUUUUUUUCUUCUUUUUUUUAUGGAUUAUAACACUUGUACUCUAUGAGUAUAAAAAGAAAUUAACGGGGUGUAAUUUGGAGCUCCAUAAGUGCACCUUUUUCACGUU